AUGGCGGAUGCACUUUGCGGGCCCUCAAAUGCCCUACAGAACUUCCAGAAGCAUGCAUCAGUAGACCGAACACUCCAGCAGGAUAGAAUAUCAUCACGACAGUCUCCUGCUCAGGGCUUUCGAUCGAAUACCCAAACCCCGGGGCAAUUAGAUGGAGAGUUCAGCGCCUUUGAAGCCGGUUAUUCAGCUCCAUUACUGGUGGACCAGCCUAAUCUCAAUACCUUCUUACCUCCGCAUCCUCAGUUUGCAUCUCAACCCAACGUAGAUGUCUCAAGUUGGGCUACCGACUUCCAAAAUUUACAUAUAGCCGGACAUACGUCACAGCAUCCGCUUACCCAGAUCAAAGCGGACGCGCCUACGCUACAAGCCAACUCAACGAGCAGACAUCAUGAACCAAUACAUGGGGUACAACAAACCGCGCAGUCUGCCAUGUUCCAGGGGGGCAUGGCCUACCGCCCCGGCAUGGGUAUGCUAGGCAACCCCGGGUUUGCUCGGCCAGAUAACUUUGUACCAGCCACGACUGAAAGCUUACGGUCAAAGCCUGCUGAAGUGUUUGACGAUUCUGCGUUUGAAGCUGCGUUUGCAGAAGCUCGAGCAGAAGUCGAAUUACAGGAAUCCACACGGCAGGAGCAUUUAGAACUAGAGACAUCUGUGCCUGUUGAAACCAUUAGAAUCGGCUCUGACAACAUACCCGCCCAGCUUGAAGGGGUGAAUGAGUCUGAUGAACUUUCAAGGACUGCAGGGGAACUACUUGACCGCGUGAGCCACGAUCAAAGCCAGAAAUUCAAAGAGAGUAACUUCCUUGCAUUGAUGAGACAACUCCGUGACCGCGAAAUUGUCGUCGACGGUGAUGAGUUCCGCAAAGUGCAACAGCCCUUACACCCCGGCGGCCCCUUCUACCCAGAACAAAGCAAAGUAUCGGGAAGUACGCCUACUACCAUUGCCAUUGACCCGGCUAGCCACGAUGAUACCGGGGAUCCUUCAAGUCCUCGGCGGCAGCAAUACGCUUACUCUCUUGGUGGGCAUCCCUCGCUUAAAUAUAUUGACGAGACCUCCAACCCCCAACGAGAAGAAGACAGUACUGCCAUUUAUGGGAAUUUCCUUUGGAAAUCCCAGAUUGUUGAUCGCCGAAUACCCAAUCCUCCCGAUUGUUUCUUCCGCCACGAUUUUGACAUACACCUCUUUGGCUAG